GAAAGCCCUCUCCAUUCAAUACCCUUCUAUCUCGCCUUGCUGCAUAUGCAAACGUGAUCUGCCCGUGUGUCGCCUCCUCGGACGCGAUGCGCACCGCCGGCCGGUCUUACAAUUGCGUGCGGGGCUCAGUCACCAACAUGUCUCCAUCCGUCCUCCCAGGUCCCAGCAGGCAGCAGGACCAGGCGGUCAUCACCCCGGCCGGUGUACGGCCACGCAUGGCAUGGCGAGCUGGCGGCAGCCGGCACCGCGCUUGCUGUUCCUCUUCGCGAGCAAAGGCAAGCCUGUCCGUGUCCGUACGUCCAUGCUUUGCUAUCUGCUCCGGCGGCCAAGGCCAGCCAACCCGGCCGGUUGCUUUGCUUUGCGUCCGCCGCCCGCCAGCCAUGCGUGUUGCGUCCGCGGCUGUACACGCAUUCAAUUCAAUUCAAACCGGGGAGGCGUGCAGAAUCAGCCCGUCCGGCCGCGGCCGGUAUGGAUCGCGAUCUCUCUCUCUCUCUGCUCUCCACUGCGAUUGCCGCCGCUGUCUCCUAGACGCCGUGCCGUCCCGCCCCGCCCCGCCCGACCCGACGGCGACGCCGACCCCUGCGUCUUGGCUUCACGAACGGUGCUCUGCUACUGUCCAAUCAUUCAGUACGGCCUUGACUUCCCCGACGCUGACGAGCUGUUAGCGACUACUAGUAAUAAAACCAUGUCCGGUUACUGUCAUCUGCGCUGCGGUGCGUGCCACCAAGGUCCGUGCCCCCCAACAACUCUACUACGGGACCAGUCUGAACUCCGAACUUCUUUGAGUUCCUCCUCCUCCUCCUCCACCACCUCCUCCUCCAUGGUUGCGUUCAACAGAGACGGCGGUUGGUUUCUCCGAGCUGAGCUGUCAGGAUUCAGGAAUCAGGAGCGAGAGUGCGAGAGCUGCUUACGUGCUACUAGUGGAUGCAAUGCAAUUGGAGCAGCAGCUACCUCCAUGUGGUGCGCAGCGCACACACAAAGGUGAUCUCACCCGUGCGUCAUGACCACUUGCCGGCGUCUCGCCGCACAGCACAUGGAGGAGCAGUAACGGAACGGAGAAUCACGCCUGCAACGACGCAUCCGCCUCCGGCUAUUAUUUGCUCAAGGACAGUGGCGUGGCGGCCGGGGUGGAAUUGGAAUUCCCACCAAAUCUUUCGUCCCGUCGGAAGGGAUUAUUCGCUGGGAUUUGAUGCAAAGCGAGAGCCCAGGCGAGAUGCCUCUCGCACGAACGUCUGUUUGGAUGGACUAGAGUCCUGGCAGUGGCAGUGGCGGCGCGCGGCAGGUUCCUUAUUCCGGUGAGGAAGAAGAAAGGCCCCUGAAGAAGAGAGGCAUCUCUGCUCUACAUCUACUACGCCGCCCCUCUUGGCAGCAAUGAGUGAGCGAGUAUAUCAGGAGGAACCUUAUCGACGUCUCCUUUUUCUGCAUCCUCCUAAGUGCACUGCUCUUUCUGGCCUGCCUUUCUCUCGUCCUCACGCCUCUGCUCACUGCUCAGCUCGACCUUCCCUUUCGUGCCUGGGUGAUUCUUGCGUUGUGUACAUGCCCUGCCCUGCUGUUCCUUGCACUCGGUCGCUGAAGCCACUCAGGUUGUUGGGGCAUCAGUUCCUUGUGGAGCUUGGCUUGCUUCUGUUUCUGCUUGGCUUGGUUUCGUCACUCGCUGCCUGCCAGUUGGCAACAAGCCAUUUGGUUUGGUUGGUUUCGAGCAUCAGCAAAGCGAAAUGCAUCACAAGCACAGUACAUGGUUUGAGCGAGUGAGACUGUGUUUUGCUUCUCAAAGCAAGAUUGAAGAAGAUUUGAACGAGCAACGCGUUUGUGGGAGAACCUUGGCACAGCAGGAAAUGGCGGUCGGUUGCUGGAAGGGAACUGAUUGAUUUUCUCGCUAAUUAA